AUGAAAGAUACGAUACCAACUCAAAACAGCGAGGAAUACGCUGCAGCGUUUCUCUUGGUGAUAAUGAUGGCCGUCCGAGGAGUCAAGUGGGGACAUUGGGGUGUUGGCGGAGCGAUCAGCUCAGGAUGCCACGUCCCAAUGAUUCACCUGAACGUCACAAUGCAGCAAGGGACGCGAACAUCGCUCCAUAAGGCUCGAAACAGUACGAGCGACGAGGGAGGAGGGUCGUAG